GUUUCCUAGAGCUAGUGUACUGGAGCGCCUCGCAAAGGAUUCAUCCCAACACCGAUAACCGAUCUGAACCAUGGCUUCAAAUGCAGCGCCGUCUCCCCCUCUGGCCCGGUCCGCAACUCUGCAGCUGUCUGGUCGCAGGUCGUCCAGAGACCGCAUCGAAGCCAUACUCGAGGUUAGUUCUGCCAAAUCGAACCCGGUACAGCUUGUGUUCCCGCUCGGGCGUGCACGGGUCGUCAACACCUGAGGGCCUUGGCCUUUUUGUUCUUUCCCCCCACAUUCCCGAUUAUUUCGGCGCGCGUCGGCAGGACCGUUUUUUUGUGAAGAGCGACAACAUCCACCACCCAGGCAGUGUAUAUACAUAGUAUGUACAUGUACAUACAUACACAACAAAUACGGCAACGUCGUGUAUGGCUAGCAUGUCUCGCCUGGUCGCGGCGAUCUUCGGCCCGUCAGCGAGCACCGUCUCCAGCAAACUGACUGUUCGUAACACCACACCGUUUCGCAUGCCUUGCCGAUGCACGCCCCAAUCGCUGCAACCCCCUCCCUCUCCCCC